AUGGAGAUGAACCCAGAGCUUGGGAUAAUAAGAGCUAUCCUUAUGAAAAGCUAUGAUGGUUUACCAUAUCAUCUCAAAUCUUGUUUCUUGUGUAUGUCCAUCUUUCCUGAAGACUACAAUAUUAGGAGAAGACGCUUGGUGCAUCGGUGGAAUGCAGAGGUUUACUCAAGUGAGGUUCGUGGCAAGUCUAUGAGGGAAAUAGCUGAUAGCUACUUCAUGGAGCAUUGGAGCUUAUUGAGAGGAGCAUGGUCCUACCAUCCAAAGAAUCAGGACAGUCAAUUGGUAGUAGAAAAGCAUCUCAAAGUCAAUGGAAGAGAAUCUUGUGUUUCAAAUGGAAGAAGGAUGCAGCUUAAACACCCAAGGAUGAAGUUGCUACGCGUGCUGGACUUGGAAAGCACCUCCGGUCUUGUGGAUCAUCACCUUGAACCAAUUUGGAAGCUCCUUCACCUAAAAUACCUUUCUUUAAGGGAAUGUCGUGGUAUUUAUUACCUGCCAGAGUCGCUUGGUAACCAGAAGCAACUGGAAACACUGGAUGUUACUAAUACACGGAUAGUCAAGCUACCGCAGGCCAUCACCAAGCUUAGGAAGCUACAAUAUAUUCGUGCAGGGAAUGUGUAUAAUGAAAUUUUUAAUGCUUCCUCAUAUGACCAACUUGUGAAAAAAUUACCAGUGCCAAUACAGAACAAGCUAUGUGUGUGGACCCUCACUUUGAUUGCCUUUUGUCUCUCAAGUUGCAGCCUUAAGCUUGGGAAGUCUAUAAUUGACAUCGAGGAUGAGGACCCAAUAAACAGGCGUGAUCUGUGCACAUUCUAUUGCUGCGCAGUGUUCCCCUUUUUAGCAAGGCUUGCAGAUCCAGUUGGAGUUACAGUGCCAAGAGGGUUCAGGAAGAUGAAAGCCCUGCACACACUGGUGCACUCAGUGGAGGAGGAAGGUCUACUUGACUGCUUGGAUAGCCUGUGCAGGCCUCCUGAUAACCUCCAGAGCCUCAAGCUGUAUGGCACUCUGGCCAAAUUGCCAGAAUGGGUCGCGGGUCUCCAUAAUCUUGUGAAGCUGAAGCUGGAAUGGACCAGGCUAACAGAGCUGGAUGGCACCAUACAAGUCCUUGGCAAGCUACCAAACCUGGCCACCCUUCGUCUACGGUACGGCUCUUUCGAGGCAAAAGAGCCCCGUCAUUUAUCUUGCCGUAGGGAGGCAUUUCCGAGUUUGACAGCGCUGGAGACAGUGCUGGAUACCGGCAUCGAAUCGGUGCUGUUUGAAGAAGGAACAGCGCCUAAGCUUGAGCUGUUGCUUGACUGGGGCCGAAUCGCUUUUUCUGGGCUAUCAUGUCUGCCGAGCCUCAAGGAAGUUAUGAUCCAUAAGCAUGCGCCGUUUGUGUAUGCCGUGCAGCCCCAGCUUACCAGGAAUCCAAACAAGCCCGUUCUGAAAUUUUUUUGA